AACCUGUAUGAAUUUCUUUUGUUCUGCUGAACACAAAGGAAGAUAUUUGGAAGAAUGUCAGUAACCAAACAGAUCUCGCCCUCCAUUGACUACCAUAGUAUUUAUUUUUCCUACUAUGGUAGUAAAUGGGGGGGGCGAGAUCUGUUACAAAAUCUUCAUUUUUGGGUGAACUAUCCCUUUAAUGUGAGUGCUGUAAUUUUAUCGUAAUAUUUUUUUAAUUCAGCAACUGUUUAAUGAAAGACUGCAUCACCCAGAAUUCCGGGCUCUGUUUCCAUAACAACCUCCUUUGACAACAGUAAACUAAUGUUCAUUCCUACUGACGAAAUCCGGGUUUGCGUUUGUCCUUUGAUAUAUUUAAAUUGUAAAGACAGGGUUAGAUAACCAAUUAGGCCAUGGGCCGAGACUAUUACGCUAUUUUGGACAUAAACCGCAACGCCACCGAUGCUGACAUAAAGAAGGCGUACCGGCGGCUCGCGCUGAAGCAUCAUCCUCGCAGCAGCAGCCACGCGAGCGCCGCUGAGCGCUUCACACUGCUCGCGGAGGCGUUUGACGUGCUGAGCGACCCACGUAAAAAGGCCACAUAUGAUAAGUUUGGAGAGGAGGGUUUAAAAGGAGGAAUCCCAUCUGAAUUGGGAGUGAAUGGCGCCUGGUCAUCAGGAUAUGUCUACCAUGGAAAUGCAGAUGAAACAUUCCGACAGUUUUUCGGAGGAGAUAAUCCUUUUGCAGAUUUUUUCACUGGUGAUGGCAGUGAGGUCAACACAGCUUUUCAGAGCCUGCGUGGGCAAAAAGAAAAGCUACAGGAUCCACCAAUAGAAAGAGACCUUCAUCUUGCCUUGGAAGACCUUUAUUAUGGAUGCACUAAAAAAAUUAAGAUAUCCCGUAGGGUCAUGAAUGAAGACGGACACACGUCCAGCAUCAGGGACAAAAUUUUAACCUUCACUGUAAAAGCAGGAUGGAACGAAGGGACACGGAUCACGUUUCCAAAAGAGGGAGACCAGGGACCAAACAACAUCCCAGCAGAUAUUGUGUUUAUCAUACGCCAAAAGCAUCACCCGCGCUUUGUCCGCCAAAAUGAUGAUCUGUACUACACAGCAAAUAUUUCUCUUGAGAAGGCUUUGACUGGUUUCUCAGUGGAAGUUGAGACACUAGAUGGCAGGCUUCUCAACAUCCCUGUCAAUGACAUUGUGCACCCUCAGUACACCAAGGUUGUGACCGGGGAGGGAAUGCCGCUAGCCAACUGCCCAUCCAAGAGAGGCGACCUGAUCAUUCGCUUCAUUACACAUUUCCCAGAGAAGCUCUCGGCUGAAAGGAAACAUCUUCUAAAACAAGCCCUCUCAUCAAAACUAAUCCAGGCUUCUUAAAGGCUUCGUUAAUAGAAUGUUGAUUCUAAAAAUGAAACACUUGAAUGCAAAAUUUGUUUUAAACUGGUGUUUUUAAUCCUUGCAAGCGGUGCGUUUGGAAUGUACACUCAGGCUGUUGGGGACUCCAGAGAUCCCAGACAAUAAAAUGUGAUUUUGUAACAAAAUGUUUUUUUUUUAAAAAUGUAAUUUUUCUCACUUUAUUAAUGUUUUACUCUAUAUUUGUGCAGUUUUUGGGGACAUUUAUGGCAUGUUUUAAAUUUAUAUAAAUAAAUUAAGAAAUAUAUAUUUUACAUAGUGUUACAUAUUUUUUAAACCUAUGUAAAAUUAACUUUAAAAAAGCUCCACAUUUCUGAUUUUCAUUCAUGGUGAUAACAUGGUUUAGUGUAAAUUUUAUGCCAUCUGUUGGAAAAUAGAGCUUUAAAAGUAAAAACAAAAUAUAUAUAUAUAUAUCACCAGUAAAAGGGUAUAGAGCUCCACAUUUACUAUUUGACUGAAAAACAUCUUUUUUCAGAAAGUCGGGACUGAAAGACAUCUUUGCAUAAGUUUUUUUUUUCUCCAGUUGUAUUCAUAUCUACAUAUUAUGAACCACAAUUAUAAUAAAAAUCACUUUUUGUCCAAGUUUAGCACUUUUUUUGUACUGAAGUAAGGUUUGUACUGAAGUUUUUGCUAAAUUGUAUCGUCUCAUCCUUUCACCUUUCUGUGUGUAUGUGUGAGCAUGCACUGUUCUCUAUCUUGGAUGUGUUGUGGUGCCACCACUUUAUUUUUGUGGUGAUUUUGUAUUUUGGCUGAUUUUAUUUGACAAAUUAUGACAGCAAUUUUUAGUUUCAAUAAUUCAUUGUGUUUGUGUGUGAGAUCAUUUUGCAUUUUGUUUCUGAUUUUGAGGAUGUUGACAGCAUUACAAAGUUUCAUACCAUCUGAAUCAAGGGAACUUUUUUUUAUUUAUGUUUUUUUUUCUUCAGCAAAUGUCAUUUGGGGGUCAAAAAGUCCUCAAAUAGCUUACAAAGGUUAAGAGCCUAAUUUUAUUGGCAGAUUCUGAAAGACAGAAAGAACCAUGUAAAAUCCAAAGAUCAAGUUUAAUAGACAUGUAAACAAUUCACACAGAAAA